AUGAUACGAUUACUACUUGCUAAGACAGAACUUUCUGUUCGUAUUGGGUCAGUCUCCUCAAGGCAGUUCAAAACGAAUGUCGGCACGCCUCAGGGAGACUCCCUCUCCCCCCUGCUAUUUGUAGUCUAUCUGGAAGCCGCCUUGAGAGAUUUGAGAACUUUCUAUAAUGAUUCUAUCACCGAAAUUGCAUAUGCCGACGAUGUGGACUUUGCCUCGGACAACAUAGAUGAUCUAAUUCAUCUACUAAACAAUUCCCCACGGGUGCUUAACAAAUGGUUCCUGAUAAUUAACACAUCCAAAACUGAAUUGACGGAGAUAAAACGAAUGGACACCAGAAUUGGCGAAACAUGGAGGAAUGCCAACAAACUCGGCUCCCAACAUGGAGAUAGUGAAGACAUUUCUCGUAGAAAGAUGCUUGCUACUGCGGCUCUGAGCAGAAUACGUAAAAAAUGGCUCCAAGCUUGGCCGAUAAAUCGGGCUCUCAGAUCAAGGCUCUAUAAUGCAUUCGUAAAGCCUGUUCUACUAUACAACUCGUCAACAUGGGGGAUCUCGGACACUGAACUGAAGACUAUAGACUCUUUCCACCGUAAACAACUACGUCUCUUACACGGAAUACACUGGCCAUCAAAAAUUAACAAUCUAUCUCUGUAUAAACAUUACGAUGCUACGCCGUUGUCUCAAGAAAUCGUUGGAGGCCGGUGGAAAUUAUUUGGCCAUAUUUUGCGAAUGGACCCCAGAGCUCCGGCCAAUCGGGCAAUGGACGAUUAUUUCUCCGAACAUGGAGACAAAUAUCGUGGAAGACCUAGAUCCACUCUUCCGGCAGUUCUGGAGAGGGAUCUCAAACUUCAUGGCAAAAGUUUCAAAAACUGGGACGACCUAGAAUCUUUGCGGGAUCUCGCCCGCAACAGAGGGGCAUGGACAAGGAUGGUCCAGAAGAUUGUUUCGCUUGUGACACGUGUGGGAUUAUAA